AUGGAGCGCGAGGACCAAUGGCUGGCGGCCCCGCGCCCGGCCGCGGAGGAUACUGAGAACUCGAUGUGUGACUCAGACAUGUCUCCACCCGAAAGCAGUGGAGUGCACACCUCUUGGAACCAUGACCCCUCAGGCAACCAACACUUCCUUCAGAGUCCACAGCCGGAGAGGAUGCCCUUGGGUCCUGCUCCGGAGCCCAGGCAGAGUGCAGAUGGAAUGGGGCCACAGCUCAAUGUGUCGCUGCAUGAGCACAGUGUGAACUAUUGCCCCCGAGUGACUUUCCCUUCUUCCCAAAUUGUUUACUAUCAGAGAAUGUCUCCCCCUCAACCAGCAAUGCCUCAUGCUUUCAACGGGUCCCAGAUGAUGUCCUUUGGAGAGCCCAGUAUUCCAGGGAUGGCCAUGGUCUUUGGUGGAAAUCUGAACAGGCCCCCCAAUGGACCACCAGUCACAAUGCCCCACAUUAUGACACCAACCAUGCAGUAUUCUGGCCACCCUCCAGUACCUUCUAAUGGAGACUCCCUAACACCUACAAUGUCACUGCCUGCCCCUGUGCCUUCUGCUGGGGGCCAGGCUGGGCUUCCCCCUUUGGCUCAGAUGUUGCCCCCUAGAGAUCCCCACAACGGUUGCAUGCCCCCAGAUGGUGCCCCGUCAUUGCGGAGGUUAGGAUCCCAGGGCUCUUUUGUGAGCCAGCCAGCCUCCCAGGAAAACCCCUUCCUCCCCGAGCAACCUAUACCUGCGCCACAAGGAGCGGAGCAGAAUUUCGGGGCCCCGGAGAGGGCUGACAGGAGCAAGUCCCCGAUUUCAAGGCCUUUCCGCUGCAACUAUGAGAACUGUGGGAAAGCUUACACCAAGCGCUCUCACCUCCUGAGUCACCUCCGCAAGCAUACAGGUGAGAGGCCCUAUAAAUGUGAGUGGGGAGGUUGUUCCUGGUCUUUCAGCCGCUCUGAUGAGCUUGGACGACAUAUGCGGAUACACACCAAACACCGGCCACACAAAUGUGAGCAUUGCGGCCGGCAGUUCAUGAGGUCUGACCAUCUCAGGCAACACCUCAGGAUUCACCAGCGGGCGCCGAAAUCCCCCAGUCCACAGGCCGACGACGAAGAGAGAGCUGGUCCUUCUUCUGCUCCUGAUCUUUAG